ACACACACACACUUUGCCCUCCCUUGAUGGUUCAGCUUGUUAGUGAUCUGAGCAGCUUUUUUGCGGCGUGGACACAGCAGAGGAGAAGCACUUGGAUUACUCACUUUUUGCUGACACAAAUGCACUUGCUUAGAUUUUACAUUCAUAUUUCCGACACACACUUACACACACACAGAGGUACUUGCCAUACCAACAUGCGCACUGACGUCCUUCUUUCUGGCUUACGUACAUACUUUCUUCGUCUACAGAUUAGUUCUGACUGCUCGAGGAUUUUUCUGGAUAGAUGCGGUGUUUCUGUUUUGACGCGGUGUUUUUGUGUGACAGAUUGGGAAUGAUGUUGCUCUCUUGCUUCCGUUUCGAUGCUACAGAGAAGAGCCAUCUGAAACCACACUGAACGACCCACGGCUGACUGACUUUGAAAAGGAUUUACUGCAUCAAACCUAUUCCUGCACCUCUUUCCUUCGGUUUCCAGUCUUCGACCUGUAUGGAUUUGCACUACAGGUUUUUCAGCCAUUGUUUUUUCUUCUUUCCACCUCUUUUUUUAGUUCUUUGCCACAUCAUGUCCCUGUCCAACAUCAGACACCUGCUUUGACCUAUCUACCUCCUGCAGAAAUACGAGGAAGCUCUGGAGGAUGUGGGGCGCAGCUUCUCCCAGGGGUUUCUCCGCUUUGUGUUUCAUCCUGAUGACUCGAUGAUCUCAUCUUUCUUUUUGCAGCCCAUGUUUUUAGUCUUUGGUUUUUUUUUAUGUACUUUCUUCAUCCUUCUGUAUCCUGUCCUCUUUUCCUCCCUCCUCCAUCAGCCUCUUUCAUCCUCCCCUCACUAUGCUCCAUUUCUCUGUGCCCCUCUCUGCCCUACAUUUUCGUCUCAUUUUCCCACUGAUGCCCAUUUCUCUCAUCUGCUUCCUGGGACUUGUUUUGCCAUCGCCUUUGGACAGAAUCGUGGAUUUCCAGAAGAAAACGACAAAUGUUUGACUUUAACGGUUUUCUUAUGGAGUAUUUAAGUAACCUGACAAGCUAAGAUUUAUGGCGUCAUGAAGAGGAGCUCAUCUGUGAACAUCACAGGAAUGAUUGAUAAAGUGGAUCGUUAAGUUUGAGCUGAUGACCUGAAUUUGAGGAUUUAUUAGACCACAGAGGAAUCUAACGGGAACACAUAUCGAUCUGUCGGCCUCAGGAGCAAAACCUUCAUCGUACCAAAGCGUCCUUCAGCAAAUCAUUACAUUUCACCUUUCAUAGUCAAAGGACUUUGCUGGGUCAAAGGUCACAACGUGUAUUGGACAUGAACUUUGGCCAUGAGGCGCUUGAAGUCACAAAAACAUCUCUAAGCUGAAGAGAGCUGAGUGGGAGUUUUGCUGAACUUUAAGUUCAAAUUUGAAUUGAUCUAAUUUGUUUAAUGUCUUUUCAGAAGGGCUGACUUUCAAAUUAGCAAACAAACUCAGCUGUCUGGCGUCCAUGUUUUUUUACCCAGAGGUGGUGGACAUCUUUUAAAUUUUUAUAAGUAGGGAAUUGCAGACUGGUGUUUCCUGCACGUGCUGUGUCCUCCUUCACAUCCUGUAUUUCCUCCACUUGGUCACUUGUUUCACUAAGCUAAGCUACAACACUUUUGGACAAAGUUUACCAUGGAUCCACCUGUGUUGAGUUGCAGUCCUCUCUCCAGUACGGCAGCUAUCAGUUUCCAGCCUUUUGUGGACAUUUUAGGACAUCUUUCUAGUUCCGUCUCCUUGGAGCAUCCAGAUUUGUUUAGCAGGAAUUUUGUCUAAUCUGUUUGGAAAAGCCAGAGUAGAAAGUACUCCUGGUGUUAAGCUCUAUGCUGAUUUUGGGGCAUAGUGGUUUUUGCAGGGUCCUGUGGCCCAACCUGGACGUCUGUCCCAAGCAGAACAAAUGGAGAAUAGUGGCUGCAUCCCACUCUGCUGGAGCAAAGGGGCCUGCAUCUAUGCACAGCACCCCUUACCAAAAUAUGAUGGCCAGUUAGCCCCAGCAGGACCAACUGAGUCAGGCAUGGCAUCGUCUUCCUACCUGGAGCCCAGCAUCAAUCACUCAGCAGCAGGUGGUUGUGGGGUUAAAUCCCGGCUGGGAAUGCCAGGUGGUCCCGGCACUAGUGGUUCUGCGGGAGGUCUGGAGCGGCCUCCGACGUCCAUGGACCGGGUUCUUAAGAUCUUCCAUUACUUUGAGACGAACAGUGAACCGAGCACCUGGGCGAGUAAUAUCAGACAUGGAGAUGCUACAGACGUCCGGGGUGUUAUUCAGAAGAUAGCAGAAAUCCACAAACUGCGCUGUGUGUCCUCGCUGGGCCUCCGUCUGACACAUUUGCACUCCGAUGCUCUCCACUGGUUACACCCUGAUCUGGGCGUUUCUCACAUCAGGGAGAAAUAUGAGAAACAGCAUCCUCAGGAGGAGUGGAGGUACGAGCUGCGGAUACGGUACUUUCCUAAAGGUUAUCUCAGUCACUUCUCUGAAGACAAGCCUUCUCUCAACUACCUCUAUCACCAGGUGAAAAGUGAUUAUAUGCAACAAACAGCUGACCGGGUGGAUCAAGAUGUUGCACUGAAACUAGGCUGUUUGGAAAUUAGGAGGUUCUUCAGAGAAAUGCCGGGCAAUGCACUUGAUAAGAAAUCCAACUAUGAACUACUAGAGAAGGAUGUUGGUUUGAGAAGGUUCUUUCCUAAAAGCCUUUUGGACUCUCUAAAGGCGAAAACUCUUCGUAAGCAGAUCCAGCAGACGUUUAAACAGUUUGCUAACCUUAAUGACGAGCAGAGCAUCCACAAGUUCUUUGAGAUUCUCUUUCCCAUCUACCCUUUUGAUAAGGAAUGCUUCAAAUGUGCUUUAGGAUCCAGCUGGGUAAUAUCGGUUGAGUUGGCGAUCGGACCAGAGGAAGGAAUCAGCUACCUCACAGAUAAGGGCUCGACGCCCACACACUUAGCUAAUUUUAACCAAGUCCAGUCCAUCCAGUACUCUGCUUUAGAGGAGAAGGACAGGAAAGGGAUGCUGCAGCUGAAUGUGGCUGGAGCUCCAGAGCCCCUCACUGUCACUACAGCGUCACUGACUACUGCAGAAAACAUGGCGGACUUGAUUGAUGGUUAUUGUCGACUCGUCUCCUCGGUUCCUCACUCCUUUAUCGUUCGAGUUCACAAAGAUGGUGACCGAGCUCUUCCUUCUAUACCAAAAGUUUCCAAUCAUGAGAAACGGAUGGAGAAGCGAAUGGAUGGAGUACGAACCCGAGCUGUGUGUGUGUCAGGUCACAUAAGUGGCGAUGAAACGGACGACUAUGCUGAGAUCAUAGAUGAGGAGGACACCUACACCAUGCCUUCAAAAUACUAUGGACUAGAUCAAGCGCGGGACUAUGAGAUUCAGAGGGAGUGUAUCGAGUUGGGACGAUGCAUCGGGGAGGGUCAGUUUGGAGAUGUCCACCAAGGAGUCUACAUCAGCUCAGAUAAUCCAGCUCUGUCCGUAGCAGUGAAGACAUGUAAGAACUCCACGUCAGACAGCGUCAGGGAAAAGUUUCUGCAGGAAGCAUUGACCAUGCGUCAGUUCGACCAUCCUCACAUAGUGAAGCUGAUGGGAGUCAUCACUGAGAAUCCAGUUUGGAUCAUCAUGGAGCUCUGCACACUUGGAGAGUUACGUUCAUUUCUUCAAGUUAGGAAGUACAGUCUGGAUCUGGCCACUCUCAUCCUGUUUUCUUACCAGCUCAGCACAGCGCUGGCUUAUCUGGAGAGCAAACGCUUCGUCCACAGAGACAUUGCUGCGAGAAACGUGCUGGUGUCUACGGUUGACUGCGUAAAGCUGGGAGACUUUGGAUUAUCUCGAUACAUGGAGGAUAGCUCUUAUUAUAAAGCAUCCAAAGGGAAAUUGCCAAUUAAAUGGAUGGCUCCAGAAUCCAUCAACUUCAGACGAUUUACCACAGCCAGCGAUGUCUGGAUGUUUGGCGUCUGCAUGUGGGAGAUUCUGAUGUUCGGCGUCAAGCCAUUCCAGGGUGUGAAAAACAACGACGUUAUCGGCCGGAUAGAGAACGGCGAGCGAUUGGCUAUGCCCCCUCAGUGCCCUCCCACUCUCUACAGCUUGAUGACAAAGUGUUGGUCGUAUGAUCCCAGCAAGAGGCCGCGCUUCAAUGAGCUCAAAACACAACUCAGCACGAUACUGGAGGAGGAGAGACUCCAGCAGAAAGAGAGGAGCAGGAUGGAGAUGAGGAGACAGGUCACCGUCUCCUGGGACUCUGGAGGGUCUGAUGAAGCGCCGCCGAAGCCGAGCCGCCGUCCUUCCCUUCAGCCCACCUUCAGUCUGGAUUGUGUUUCUGCUCCCUCUCCUCAUCACUGCCUUCCAAACCAACGCUUUCCCUCACAGCUGCCCCUCUGCAUUGGAAACUCUCAUCCAUCAUCUCCCCACGCUCCUUCUCACCCACCCACGCCUCCUCUCUUCUCACUACCUCUGAAUUUUCCUCCUGGCUUCUCCUCUGCCAGUCCUCAGCCUCACUCUGCAGCUCUUCAACACAGAUCUCUGUCUCAGCAAAACAUCCAGUUACAUCUUGAAUCCAACCCUUAUUCCUCAUUUUUGCUCCAGCCUCAGGGUAAAGGUGGCUUUUCACCUCACACAUAUUCACGCAGCUUGUCCACCGGCAGCUGUCCCCUCAAGACAAAUGUCCCAAAUGUCAUGCUUGGUUCAUCCCAGUUAAACAACACCGACUCUUGGCACUUCCCUCUGCUCUUUUCCCGGUCUGGACCAGACUUUGACCCCUCGCUCAGCAGCAUGUCAAACAUUUAUCCUCCACAACAUAUCUGGUCCAAGUCAAAUUGUAACCCUGAGACCCUGCUGUCCCCCAGCUUUCCCCCUGACCGCCAGACUAAUCCAUGUGCUCCAGCCCAUCUUGACUUUGACCCUCAUACCAAACCCCCUGCUGCGCAUUCAUACUGGAAGCCCCCACUUGAUCCUACACACACACAAAAGGCCCUUGCAGUCCCAUCGACCCGUUAUCCAUCCCUCAACACUCCUCAACCACUGCCCAUCCGUCCUGCAGCUACCAAUGUCCCGUUUGCCAGUCCCCACUCUCAAGGACCCCGGUCCAGACCUUUAGAGCCAAGUAGACCGGGUUAUCCCAGUCCCCGCUCCAGUGAGGGUUUCUACCCCAGUCCCCAGCAUCCUGGACACUACCAGAUGGCUGUGUAUCCAGGGCCUCACACCCUUCCGUCUGUUCCCAGCGCCCUGUACCCUCCACCUGCUCCCAUGGUGGACACACACCACGCACACACACACCCUCGUCAUCACAUCCACACACACUCACACACACAGCACCUCCCCCAGCCACAUGGAGCAGACAUGGCACUGUGGGGCUCUGCAGUGGAGGACAGGGCAGUAGACAUGCAGCAGUGUGUAGGCCAGCAGUGCCUGUUAAUGGAGGAGCAGCUGAUGAUACAACAGCAGCAGAUGGAGGAGGAUCAGAGGUGGCUGGAGCAGGAGGAAAGGCUGCUGAAACCAGACACGAGGAGCUCCAGAGGCAGCUUGGACAGAGACGAAGGUGGACUCCAGCCGACAGGAAGCCAGCACAUAUACCAGCCCGUUGGUAAACCAGAUCAUGUGGCUCCUCCGAAGAAGCCCCCCCGGCCUGGAGCCCAGAGCCAAGUGGGCAGUCUGGCUUGUCUGAACACAGCAGACAGCUACAACGAUGGAGUCAAGCCCUGGCGGCUGCAGCCUCAGGAGAUUAGCCCUCCUCCCACGGCCAAUCUGGACCGCUCAAACGACAAAGUGUACGAGAACGUGACCGGCCUGGUGAAGGCUGUGAUUGAGAUGUCGAGCAAGAUUCAGCCAGCUCCUCCAGAGGAAUACGUACCCAUGGUGAAGGAUGUGGGUCUGGCCCUGAGGACGUUACUCGCCACAGUGGAUGAGACUCUACCUCAACUCCCAGCCAGCACACACAGAGAGAUCGAGAUGGCACAAAAGCUGUUGAACUCUGACCUGGCGGAGCUGAUUGGGAAAAUGAAGUUAGCCCAACAGUAUGUGAUGACGAGCCUCCAGCAGGACUACAAGAAGCAGAUGCUGACAGCCGCUCAUGCUCUCGCCGUCGAUGCCAAGAACCUCUUGGAUGUCAUUGACCAAUCGCGGCUGAAGAUGAUGGCCCACUCCCGCCCGCACUAGCCCCGCUCACCCCCCUUUAUGAGAGCUAUCUCCGAGGUGAACCGCGGCCGCUCUUGUCAUUUUGCUCCCUGGGGAAGAACAACAGUCGUGCUUCAGGAUGGGGUUAAAUCAUCAACCACUGUGACUUUCCUCGUACGAGAACCAAUCAAAACCACGUCCUGGAUCAGAGCGUGGGAGCGUCAUUCCCUUGGGUCUGGACUGUAAAGACGAGAGGAGCAGCGACGACUGGAGAUUUAUUAGACUCAACACUGUCAUGCUGACUGGACUGUGAAUAAUCUGAAAGGAAUGUUUCUAGCGGAGGGAACGAGCUUCGGCCGACAUCAGUCAGCUGUUUUAAUUCUCAGUGGAGUCAUGAACCUUUUCUGUUCUGGACGGAGGUUUCAACUUGACGGAUUUCAGUGAAGGCAUCACGGAUUUGCUCUGGAAGAGUCUUCUGCGUUGUUUUCUCGGUCUCACCAGCUUUUAUUUAUAGAGGAGACAGAGGGAGGAGCAGGAGUCCACACUGUCCCCGUCCUCUUCCUGCUCACUGGUCUCUUCCUGCAGUCUUCCUCUGCUCCUCAGAGCAGGUUUUAAAGACUCUAAAUGUGAAGAAUCCAAAUCUUUCCUACUUCCUGUUUAAUUUUGGCUGGCUCCAUGUCUUUGUGUUGUUUUUAUCGGUGACAUUCUUCUUCCUCUGUACGGAAAACUGUAACUUGAACACAAGCAGACGGUCAAUCCCAGCAGCUAAGAGAAAAGUUUGAUUUUAAAAUAUUAACAUAAAGACAACAACGUGUCCUCUGGUUGGUCCGAGAUGUUGCUCCUAAAAGACUGGUGUCCCACUUUGAAGUGUCUAGUCACUCGACCGGGGCACAAAAAAGAAAAUCUUGUGUAUUCUCGGGACAAAAACAAACCUCGCCUCAGAAACGUUGUGCUCCUGUUAGGUGUAACACUUUAGAAAUGUCCCACCUAGCAACCGUCUAGAGGUGAACAAACACACUUGAAAUGUGGAUCGACACGACUGGAACUCGUUCUGCAGAUCUGAAAUCAGGUCCCAGAUGUUUUUGUCGACACUGAGCCCACCUGGAGUACGACUGACGGCUACGUAGACCGUACUGGUGACUAUACUGGCACAGCAUGAUUUACUGGUAUGGAAAAGAGCAUAUUUGCACAGCACCAAAAAAAACCAACCUAAUCCAGUUUUACCCAGAAUAUUUUAGUUUUUAACCAGUGAUGACGAGAUGGGAAAUCUGGGUCCGAUUGGGUUAAACUAUUUAAAAACACGUAAACAAAACAAUCUAUUUUAUCUCGGCGUUGUUGUUGUGUAAAUCUGCUCAUGUUGGUAUAUUGUAAGCGAUACUGGUGUGUCUCACUGGUGAGGUGUACAGAACUAGUAAACACUGGUUUUUAUCUUGUCUUCUCGGCCGAAUCUGCCACCGUGUUAAAUAGGAGGAAAGAACCGGUGAAAUAAAAUAACGAUGAGAGGAAAAUGA